AUGCUUUCAGCUCGGGAUCUACUUAUUGGCGAGAAGUAUAUGCUGUUCCAGUAUGAGCCUAAGAAAGUCCCAGCCAUCAUCUUCAUCGUCCUUUUCGGCAUCUCGUCAAUCCUCCAUGUGUUCCAGUUGAUCAAAAAGCGAACAUGGUAUUUCGUACCUUUCGUUAUCGGUGGGAUACUUGAGGCGAUUGGUUAUAUUGGGAGAUUAAUAAGUGCUGGACAAGAAUAUGGGGAAUGGACCACGGGACCCUACAUCAUGCAGACUUUGUCCAUCCUCCUCGCACCAGCCUUCUUCGCAGCUUCAAUCUAUAUGAUCCUCGGCCGACUUAUCGUCCUUGUUGACGGAGAGAGUCACUCACCUAUCCGCGUCAAGUGGCUCACCAAGAUCUUUGUUGGAGGAGAUGUUCUUUCUUUCCUCGCUCAAUCAGCUGGUGGUGGAAUGCUCGGCAAAGCAAAGAAACAAUCAGACGUCAACCUCGGCGAGAACAUCAUCAUCGCCGGCCUCGCCAUCCAAGUCCUCUUCUUCGGGCUCUUCGUCAUCGUCUCCGCCAUCUUCCACUUCCGCAUCCGCGCCAUGCCCAGCAUGCGCUCCAAACAAAUGCCUAUCCCCUGGGAGAGCUACCUCUUUAUCCUGUACAUCGCCAGCACACUCAUCCUUGUCCGCUCGGUCUUCCGUAUCGCCGAGUAUGUCAUGGGCUCGGAUGGUGUGCUGUUGAAGCAUGAGUACUUCUUGUAUAUCUUCGAUGCGACAUUGAUGGCACUGGUUAUGAUUUUAUUUAACUUGAGACAUCCGGGGAGUAUUAUUAAUGAGGAUAAUAUGAGGAUGGCGCAUAUGCGGGAUCCGGAGUCGGGGGAGAGUGCUCAUGAGAUGACGAGGGAGACUAUGAGGAUGCAUCAUAAGUAG